AUGGCAAAGAAUUAUGAGGUCAAGAAUUAUGAGGUCAAGAAUUAUAAGGUCAAGAAUUAUGAGGUCAAGAAUUAUGAGGUCAAGAAUUAUGAGGUCAAGAAUUAUGAGGUCAAGAAUUAUGAGGUCAAGAAUUAUGAGGUCAAGAAUUAUGAGGUCAAGAAUUAUGAGGUCAAGAAUUAUGAGGUCAAGGAUUAUGAGGUUAAGAAUUAUGAGGUCAAGAAUUAUGAGGUCAAGAAUUAUGAGGUCAAGAAUUAUGAGGUCAAGGAUUAUGAGAUCAAUGGCGACAGUGUGACUGGUGUUAACAAUGGCGACAGUGUGACUGGUGUUAACAAUGGCGACAGAAUGACUGGUGUUAACAAUGGCGACAGUGUGACUGGUGUUAACAAUGGCGACAGAAUGACUGGUGUUAACAAUGGCGACAGUAUGACUGGUGUUAACAAUGGCGACAGAAUGACUGGUGUUAACAAUGGCGACAGAGUGGCUGGUGUUAACAAUGGCGACAGAGUGGCUGGUGUUAACAAUGGCGACAGUAUGACUGGUGUUAACAAUGGCGACAGAGUGGCUGGUGUUAACAAUGGCGACAGUAUGACUGGUGUUAACAAUGGCGACAGAGUGGCUGGUGUUAACAAUGGCGACAGAGUGGCUGGUGUUAACAAUGGCGACAGAGUGGCUGGUGUUAACAAUGGCGACAGAGUGGCUGGUGUUAACAAUGGCGACAGAAUGACUGGUGUUAACAAUGGCGACAGAAUGACUGGUGUUAACAAUGGCGACAGAGUGGCUGGUGUUAACAAUGGCGACAGAAUGACUGGUGCUAACAAUGGCGACAGAAUGACUGGUGUUAACAAUGGCGACAGAGUGGCUGGUGUUAACAAUGGCGACAGUAUGACUGGUGUUAACAAUGGCGACAGAGUGGCUGGUGUUAACAAUGGCGACAGAGUGGCUGGUGUUAACAAUGGCGACAGAAUGACUGGUGUUAACAAUGGCGACAGAGUGGCUGGUGUUAACAAUGGCGACAGAAUGACUGGUGUUAACAAUGGCGACAGAGUGGCUGGUGUUAACAAUGGCGACAGAAUGACUGGUGUUAACAAUGGCGACAGAGUGGCUGGUGUUAACAAUGGCGACAGUAUGACUGGUGUUAACAAUGGCGACAGAAUGACUGGUGUUAACAAUGGCGACAGUAUGACUGGUGUUAACAAUGGCGACAGAAUGACUGGUGUUAACAAUGGCGACAGAGUGGCUGGUGUUAACAAUGGCGACAGAGUGGCUGGUGUUAACAAUGGCGACAGUAUGACUGGUGUUAACAAUGGCGACAGAGUGGCUGGUGUUAACAAUGGCGACAGUAUGACUGGUGUUAACAAUGGCGACAGAGUGGCUGGUGUUAACAAUGGCGACAGAGUGGCUGGUGUUAACAAUGGCGACAGAGUGGCUGGUGUUAACAAUGGCGACAGAGUGGCUGGUGUUAACAAUGGCGACAGAAUGACUGGUGUUAACAAUGGCGACAGAAUGACUGGUGUUAACAAUGGCGACAGAAGUGGCUGGUGUUAA